AUGAGCACGAGCAGCAGCCAAGUUUCCAAGAAACUAUCCAAGGAAGUUUCUUCAUCGCACCACACGACUCGAUUCAAUGUAUCCGUAUUAGUGCUGAGCUCUAUUGGACUCGCUCAAUUAAUAGUGCAGUGGGUCGUCGUUCAUGCUCCGUUGCUCAUCGCUCAACUGCUCAUUCUUAUCCUUUGCGUUUUCUCACAUGAGUGGAACUUCGUUCAUGGUGAAGCUCUGACCCGUCAUCGUCGGACGCAUUUCAAUGUCGCCAAUGUUCUCGAAACUUAUCAACCACGGGCCAGAACGGAAGGACAUCUUUUCCAGCCAGAACCACCAACGCCUGGUGAUGUUGCAGUAUUGCACUCGAACGACGAGGACGACAGUAAGAAGUCUGAAUUCCUCAAUCAACGGGACGCGCAUUACGCUGGUAUGUUCACGCAUGCACAACAGAAAAACAGAGAAAUGGAGAUCAUGGACAAGAGCGUCACCGCAUGUUCAUCACUGGACGCUGCACAGUUGGAAAACGUCGUACUAAAGCCAGCUGAUCCAGAGAAAGACAAGAAGGAACAUGAGGAGAAAAAGAAGAAAGAAGCUGAGGAAUACCACAAGCAGUUCGAAAAACCAUUUUCUUGUUGA